AAAUUGAUUUCUGCCUAUCUAGGCUAUCCUGUCACUUGCGCGCCAUUUUCCUUCUAAAUGCAAGAAUGCGCGCAAGGCCUCGGGGCCGCGACUAUAUAAAGACCGUCCAUUUUCCUUCCCCCUCACCACAUCAGCAAUAUUCAGCACGCAGACAACCAACUUCAAUUUAAUAACAGUUAUCUCGACUCUCUUAAUCUCCAAGAGACUCAUUUUCUUAUACCCACUUGUACUUUUUUCUUACACACAUCUAAUACUCUAAAUCAUGUCCGUCGCCGCCGAGAAGAUCAGCGCUGUCCGCACCAAGAUCCUCCGCCGUGAUCCCGAGCAGAAGGAGUUCCUCCAGGCCGUCGAUGAGGUCUUUGAGUCUCUGACCCCCGUCUUCGAGAAGGACAUCCGGUACCUCGAGGCCUUUGAGCGCCUGGUCGAGCCCGAGCGUCAGAUCAUCUUCCGCGUCCCCUGGGUCGAUGACAAGGGUGUCCAGCAGGUCAACCGUGGUUUCCGUGUCCAGAUGAGCUCUGCUCUCGGUCCCUACAAGGGCGGUCUGCGCUUCCACCCCACCGUCAACCUUUCGGUGGUCAAGUUCCUUGCCUUUGAGCAGACCUUUAAGAACUCCCUGACCACCCUGAUGAUGGGCUCGGGCAAGGGUGGCUCCGACUUCAACCCCCGCGACCGCUCCGACAAUGAGAUCAUGUCCUUCUGCCAGUCCUUCAUGACCGAGCUCUUCCGCCACAUCGGCUCUGACACUGAUGUGCCUGCCGGUGACAUCAACGUUGGUGGCCGAGAGAUCGGUUACUUGUUCGGCCAGUACAAGCGUCUUGCUAACAACUUCACUGGUGUGCUGACUGGCAAGGAUCUCCGCUGGGGAGGCUCCCUCAUCCGCCCCGAGGCCACCGGCUACGGCUGCGUCUACUUUGCCAAGAACUACCUUGCAUACAAGGGCGAGUCCCUCGAGGGCAAGCGCUGUGUCGUGUCCGGCUCGGGCAACGUCGCCCAGUACACUGCCGAGAAGCUGCUGCAGCUUGGCGCCGUCCCCAUCACCUUCUCCGACUCGAACGGCUACAUCCUCGAGCCCAACGGUUUUACCCAGGAGCAGAUUGAGCACGUCAUGGAGCUCAAGAACGUGAGGCGCGUGCGCAUUUCCGAGUACUGCGCCUUCUCCGAGAGCGCCCAGUACUUCGAGGGCAAGAAGCCCUGGGAGGUCUCUGCUGACCUGGCCUUCCCUUCGGCCACUCAGAACGAGAUCGACGAGGCCGACGCCAAGGUCCUGGUUGCCAACGGCGUCAAGGGUGUCUUUGAGGGCGCCAACAUGCCCUCGACCAACGAGGCCAUCGAGAUCUACAAGAGCGCCAGCGUCAUGUUCGGCCCCGCAAAGGCUGCCAACGCCGGUGGUGUUGCCGUUUCUGGUCUGGAGAUGGCCCAGAACUCGCAGCGUCUCCAGUGGACCCGCGAAGAUGUCGACUCCCAGCUCGAGAGGAUUAUGAAGGAUAUCUUUGACAACUCGCUGGCUGCCGCCACCACCUACAACCUUAAGGGUGACAUUCAGGCCGGAGCCAACAUUGCUGGUUUCCUCAAGGUCGCUGAGGCCAUGAUCCACCAGGGCUGCGUCUAAAUCGGUACUAAAAUUGCCUUUCCUUAUGCAUUAUUAUUCUUACCUGCUGUAUAAAAAAUAACAUUAUAAUUUCAACAAACUUUAACAUUUUGAAAGAGCUGUCUACAGCUGUUUACAGCUUGAGCGCAAAAU